CGCACCAUUUCCGGUCGCUGAAGGAUUUUCAACUUUCACCCUGACUCUCAGCCUUCCUCUUCCGUUUCGGUUAUACCCAGGUCAAGAUGGUUCAGCGCCUGACUUACCGCCGUAGGCUGUCCUACAACACCACCUCCAACAAGACCAGACUAUCCCGGACCCCCGGUAACCGGAUUGUGUAUCUGUACACCAAGAAGACUGGCAAGGCUCCCAAGUCAGCAUGUGGAAUCUGCCCCGGUAGACUGCGUGGUAUUCGUGCAGUGAGACCUCAGGUUCUAAUGAGGCUCUCAAAGACCAAAAAGCAUGUUAGCAGGGCCUAUGGUGGUUCCAUGUGCGCCAAAUGUGUGCGGGACAGGAUCAAGCGUGCUUUCCUUAUUGAGGAGCAGAAAAUCGUUGUCAAAGUACUUAAGGCACAGGCACAAAGUCAGAAAUCAAAGUAAAUGAGUGUUUGGACAAUAAAAUAAAUGUUUGAGAACAUA